GCCUGGAGGGCAACUUGGAUUUAAGGCACAUACUGUUGUUCAGUACAACGACGAACAAGAAGUGUCAGAAUGGGGCGAACCAGCCCUGAUGAAAGAGCCAGAACCUAGAAGAAAGAAGGACAGACGAUCUCGAGAUAAGAGAUCAGUUCAAUCGGAUCCGAUUGAACUGUUUAAGUUACAUCUCUCCGUACUCAGAGAAGAGGACAAACCAGCCCUUCCCGACGGAUUAACAUAUACAAUGGUAAUAACAGACUAUUUGCGUGAACUACGCAAGUUAAUUAAAGAAACUCUUGCACGGAGAUGGCCCGAUGUUCAAUUUCCCGAACAGGUGCGAUUAAUUAUGUCGUUGCCUGCUGAAUGGGGUCCAGGUACGCCAGGAAUUUUGCGCGAAUGCGCAUAUAUGGCGGGACUUAUUGCAGAGAGAUAUACAGAUCAAUUGGAUUUUACAACGGAACCCGAGGCGGCAGCAUUAUACUGCAUCGAAAUUCAACAGCAGUACAAAAUACAACCGGGAGAAACAUAUCUUGUGGUUGACUGCGGUGGCGGUACCGUAGAUUUAACAGCACGGAAACUACUAGGAGACAAUAAACUGGAUGAGGCUACCGUACGCACGGGAGAUUUAUGCGGCAGCACAUUUGUCGACAGGGCAUUCCUCAACUUCCUGGGGGACGUUCUUGGACAUGAUGCCAUAGAAAAAUUACGAACAAAGAAUUACAGACAGAUGCAGUAUCUUGUACAUAAGGUUUUCUGUCCGCGUAUUAAAUUUCCGUUCAGCGGUAAUCCAGAAGAUUUCCGCCUAGUAGAAUUGGAUAUAGAGCGCGAGUGCGCGGCGCUAAAGGACUACGUAACAGGGGAAGCUAGAAGAAAUGCGGAACAGGAUGAUUGGCUGAUAGAAAUUGAUUUUGCAGCCGUAAAGAAAAUGUUUGAUCCAGUAGUUGAUCAAAUAAUCGGACUUAUCGAGCAUCAGUUGCGGUCACUAAGUACAAGAUGUUCCGCAAUGUUUCUUGUCGGGGGAUUUAGUGAGUCGAAGUAUCUUGUGAAUAGAGUGAAAGAAAUAUUCAAUGAGCGGGUUCCGACCAUAGCUGUGCCACGUUCACCCAUUGCAGCUGUUGUCCGAGGAGCAGUAUGGUAUGGGUUGAACGUGGAUUACAUCAACGGCCGUAUGCUAAAAUGGACAUUUGGUAUUGAAAUCAAACCUGCGUUUGAUCCCAAAAAAGACCCAAGGGAUAAAAUGCGAGAUGAUAAUCGCAUUUACAAGUUUGACAAAAUCGUCGAACGAGAUACUCUCGUUAAGAUAAACAAGCCGUUUUCGAGAACCUAUUACCCAGUUAAAAAUGAUCAGACAAAACUGGUUUUCCGAAUUUUGUACACGGAUAAAAAAGAUGCAAAAUAUCCCGAUGAACCCGGGAUGAAGCUCUUGGGUGAACUGGAGGUCACGGCGUCGGAUACUGAAAAUGGUCUGAACAGACCUGUGGAAUUUUCGCUUAGUUUUGGUAAUAUGGAAGUUAAAGCCUCUGCCCGUAAUCAGAAAACGGGGAAAAUAUACAAAACUUCUUUCAAUCUUGUUGCCUGA